CUGUGGGGGAUGGCAGGGGUGGUAGGGGGCGGCGGGGGGGAGGGAGGGGCGGUGGGGGGCGCCAGGCGGAGGUCAGGGUGCUCCCGGCUGCCCCGCCCCGGCCUCCCCAGGUCACCAACAAGGGGGAGCCUGUCUUCCUGCACAAGAAGGAGAACCCGGUGACCAUGGCGGUGGCCUCCUCCUUCCCGGGGCUCCUGCUCCCGGACCUCGUCCUGCUGGCCCGGCCCGUCCAAAGCAAGAAGCAGCCUCCGCGGCUGGAGCUCACCAGGCUGCUGCCGGCACAGCUGGUCCGCCUGUUUGUCCACAGCGAGGCCGGAUGGAGGCUGAAGCUCCGCCUGGCCUCCGGCCGCAGUUUCUACCUGAGGCUGGUGGCCGAGCCGGCCGAGGGCUGCCUCCUGUUCAACCGCUGGCGCUUCCUGAUCUUCCUGAUGCAGGGGCCCAUCCCGGCCUGGGCCCGGAGCCCCGACGAGCAGGCCGCCCAGGACGAGAGCGCCCCGAUGUCCGCAGCGGAGGCCCCCCCCAAACGGAAGGAGGUGGCCUUCCCUCCCCAGUACCCCGUCCCGAGGACCAAGGGGAGCCCGGGCUGGACCUGGGACAAAGCACUGCACUACCCUGGGCCGCUCUCCCAACUGAUGGACCAGCAGAGCGCCCCGGCCCUCCCGGAAGUGAUGUCGAGAGCGGAAGCCGCCCCCAUGUCCUUCCGGUCCCAGCAGAAGCUCCCAGUCAGGAGAGAAGAGCAGCAGAAAUCAGAGCCCACCCUUUUCAGGAGGAGCACCCCGGGGAGCCUAGUGGAAGUGGAAGGGCAGCCGAGAGUCACCAUCCGGACUCUGUUCUCCACAAUUUCCGGGUCUCACCUGUCUAAGGCUGCCUCACCAGCGGAGACGUCCUCUUCAGGGCCCUCCAGGCCACCCUCCCAAGAGCACCCCCAGGAGCCGGGCACUGCCAACAAGCUGCCGCUCCCCCAAGAGCAGCCGCAGCCCCAGGAGCUCCCCCAAGAGCAGCCGCAGCCCCAGGAGCUCCCCCAAGAGCAGCCGCAGCCCCAGGAGUUCCCCCAAGACCAGCCGCAGCCCCAGGAGCUCCCCCAAGACCAGCCGCAGCCCCAAGAGCUCCCCCAAGACCAGCCGCAGCCCCAGGAGCUCCCCCAAGAGCAGCCGCAGCCCCAGGAGCUCCCCCAAGACCAGCCGCAGCCCCAGGAGCUCCCCCAAGAGCAGCCGCAGCCCCAAGAGCUCCCCCAAGACCAGCCGCAGCCCCAGGAGCUCCCCCAAGAGCAGCCGCAGCCCCAGGAGCUCCCCCAAGACCAGCUGCAGCCCCAGGAGCUCCCCCAAGACCAGCUGCAGCCGCAGCCCCAAGAGGGCCCCCAAGAGAGGCGCCAUUCCAAGAGGCACCACCACCACUCAAAACACCACCACCACCAUUCAAAAUGGCAGCAGCUCCCCCAAGAGCAGCCACAGCCCCGAAGGCUGUGCAAAUGCCCGAGCAUGCAGGAGCCGCCACUGCGGGUUAAGGUUCGGGAAACCUUAGGGGAGCCCAGAACACUGGCCGAAGGUCUUUUAAAAAAAAUUGAGGCCUGGGAUGCCUGGCGGUUCGGGUGGGUCCGCUGCCAGCCUCCGGAAGCCGCCGGGGUCGCCACAGAGCAGCCCAAGGACAACCCGAGGGACGGUCCGGAGCCCACCCAGGCCUCACAGCCCUGCGCCAGUUUCAAGGCUCUGAGGAAGGCUAUCCAGAAGCCACCGAGCUGGCUCACCAGAGCAUGGCAACAGGGCAAAAAGGUGGUCUGCACCUGUACCAGGGGCUCCAGCUAAUCCCCUGCCCAGGCCACCUAACUGCAUUAGAUUUUUUUUUAAUUUUUUUUAAAUAUAUUUUAUUUGAUUAUUUCCAAGCAUUAUUCAUUAAAGACAUAGAUCAUUUUCUUUUCCUCCCCCCACCCCCACCCCCCAUAGCCAAUGCGUAAGUCCACUGGUUAUUACAUGUUUUCUUGAUUUGAA